CCGUCGCCGCGCGGUCUCCAGUCGUCCGUCCGACAUGACCGUACGCGCGUAUUUCCGCGCUCGCCAACUACUCGUACCGUGUCCAUCCGGCCGAUAACGACACGCACCCGUUUCCGCCGCGCCAAGUUUACGUUCAUCUACUGCCCGCGCCCAUACGCCGUCCCCGUUCCGGCGCACCAGCAGCACUUCGCGUGCAGUGAACGCCGCAGCAGCAGAAGAAAUUCAAAAUGGGGUUCGGUUCCAAAGACGAGUGGUGUGGAUCCGCCGUUAAGUACAGCAUGUUCUUGUCCAAUUUCAUCAUAUUUAUCGGAGGUAUCGUGCUUGUGGUCAUAUCGGUGUACACCCUGUAUGACAAGUCAUUCAUCAAAGAACUCUUGGGCACCAACCUGUUCACCGGAGCUGUAUACGUAUUGAUCGUCACGGGCAUUUUGUUGUCGUUCCUGUCGUUCUUGGGAUGUGCAGGUGCUGUAAAGGAAGUCAAAUGCAUGCUGCUGACGUAUUUCAUCAUACUGUUUAUCAUAUUCGUCGUGAUGCUGGUCGGAGGGAUCCUGUGCUACGUGUUCCGCCAGAGAGUGCAGACGACCAUGCAACAGGAGAUGCUCAGAACCAUUCGGUUCUACGGCGAGGACCGGUCCAUAACGAGGGCGUGGGAUGACCUGCAGGAAGGGCUGCACUGUUGCGGCGUCACCACCUACGAUGACUGGCGGCAGUACAAGACCGACGGGAUCAUUCCCAGCAGCUGCUGCAAAGAGAUCAACGGAAAGAGACAACCGUGCGACAAGAAUUUCCAAGCAAGCCUGCAGAUAUACACGUCUGGCUGUCUGAACGUGACUACGGCUUUCAUGAAGGACAACGCGACUACCGUCGGAACCGUCGGGAUCGCCGUGUCGCUGUUUCUGAUUUUCGGUUUGAUCUUUUCGUGUGCGCUGUUCAUGAUGAUCGUUUAGAAAGGAAUAACCGAUGACAUUAACCAGCGGAACAACCGAAAACUCAUAGUCUCGAAAAACAAUUACACAAAAAUAGCAAUUCACAUGGGGGGGGGGGGGGGUUAAAUUUCCGUA